AUGUCUAUCGAAAUGGAGUGGUCUCCCGACUUCUGCCUGGCUUGCGAUCGCCAGAGCUCUGGCGGAGCCUACUGCUCUCAGGCCUGCCGCCUGGCCGAUAUUGAGAAGGCUUCUGGCAGCUCCGAACCCGUUUCGCCCUCAUCAUGGUCUUCGCCUGUCUUCGAGCACGGCACUGGCUUUGUCCUGCCACCGCCUCUCGAUUUUGAUGCCUAUCGAUCGGCCAGGAGAGCAAGCCGCCUUUCUGCCGGACGGCAAUCUUCUUCUUCUUCUUCUCCGGAGUCUCCUCACGACUCUUACUUUCCUCUGAUGCCUGCCGCUCGCCCUUCGCUGAGCUCCAUCUCGGGCUUGGACAAGUUGACGCCUUCUUCGUCUCGCACUUCUCUGAGCUCCGUCGGCCGACCAAGCACACCCGAUAAUGGUGCUCUUUCUGACAAGGCACGCAACGAACUCCGAAGCUAUGCCAACUGCUUCGACCAAGUCCGUGACUGCCGUCGCCGUAUCAUCUCACCAUGA